GUGAUUAGCCGAGAGAGGGUGAACGAAGAGAGAGGAGCUGCUUGCACUCAUAUGAAGGGAAGCGAGAGACAUUUCAGAGCCAGUUGUGUCAAGCGAGUGAGUCAGUGCACUUCAGCACCACUCCCAAGUCAAAGCGGGAUCCGUCUUGUCACACAAGCUCCCAGACUGCCGCUGCUCUGAUUGACUUGAGGAACCUCAAAACCGAUCAGCCAUCCUUCUGGUGUAUUGCAACAACAGUGACGUUCUGUCUGGUGACACUCAAGUGGAUGCCAUCAGCCAAGGUCUUUCAUUACCCAAAAGUGGGGAGCAGUCCAUGGACCUAAGUGUCUCCCAGAGGCUGGUUCAUCCAGGCCGAGAUUCGGCUAUGCUGGCCCCCCAGUGUCCCUUAUUCUUGGGACCCUUUACCUCUCAGCACUGUUCCCAGUUUUCCUACAAACAGCUGCAGCGUAACACUGAAAAAAGCCAACGUGAGAUGGAAGCGGAGGAACAAAAUGAGCUACAGCAGCUGAUACGAAAGAGUAAAAAUGAACAAAGUGCUGUAGCCAGUCCACUGGUGAGGCAAAAACUCAGAGAGCACUUAAUCAUGAGGAGCCAGCCCACCCAUGACAAGGUCACCCCUACACACAGCAGUCCUACACCAGGAUACGGGCACACACUUCCAGACGUGUCCCCAAAGUCUCAGCCGUCAACAAGUGACAGCCCCCGUAAGGAACUGCGUAGAACAGUGUCUGAGCCAACACUGAAGUGGAAGCUGAAAAAGCUCAUCAGCACAAGACCAAACCCAUUGCAGCGAAAGAUCAGCGCUCCUCCUGCUGUCAAGCACAGGACAGAAACUCUAGAGUCUUCUCCCAGCAGCACCCCGACAUCUGAUUGUAGCUCUCCUAAUGACAGCCUCCAUUCAGAUAAUGGAGUGAUCCCACUUGCUCAUGAGGCACAAAGGCUUUUGCUGAAAGAUGGUCGACUGGCUAAUUUCACCCUGCCCGGCAACACAACCACCAUGCCCAACAUCACUGCAGGCCUUCCAGCUCAGGUUGACCUGCGAGUAACAAGGACUCUGGCCGUGCCCGCUCUGCCUCAAGUAUAUUUACCUCUCGAUGGAAGUUUUUCAGCCCAGGCUCACGGCUUGCAGCCUGUACUCAUAUUGGAACCACACACUGGACUCGUCCAUUCACGGCUCAUUUCUUAUCAAGGUAUGAGUCCUCCUCCUCUGCAACAGCGACCUCACUUGACCUGCCCGACAAGAAGGGAAGGCCUCCCCACCUUUUCCUCUCACAAACCCUUGGAACGAACGCGCUCAGAACCUCCACCUUACAGCCAUUCGCCUCUUCCUCUACACGCUACCCUCAACUCUCAAACUCAGCACCAGCUGCCUCAGCAAUGCCACAAGAGUGGGAUGGAGAGGUUUAAGAUGAAUUCCCUCCUGACCAAGAUCCCAUCAGAAGACAUGGACCUGGAAGAAAUUGGAUCAGAAUCUGGGUCCAUGUGCAGCUCUGAGCCGGGCUCGGUUUGCGAGGACAGGUGUCGAAGGAGACAGAGUUCCGCCAGCACCGACUCCGUUUAUGACACAGAGUCCACGACCUCCUCUCGGGAAAGUUUGAUUGAGAUAUCGCAGACCGUCAGUCAGAGGCAGUUGGUCCACCGAGCAGGAUUUCACAUGGACUCCCCUAAUGUACCUGUCCUGAUGUGGCCUCACCAACCUUUGGUCCGAACCCAGUCCUCUCCUGCCUCAACUUCUCUGCCUCCUCUUCUGAAUGCAUCCACAACCAGGCCCAUCUCUCUAUCCUGUCCUAACCCAGAGGUCAAGCUCCGUUUCACCACUGGUAUAGUUUAUGAUGCUCAGAUGCAAAAGCACCAGUGCACCUGUGGGGACAACAGCUGCCACCCCGAACAUCCUGGAAGGAUUCAAAGCAUUUGGUCCCGACUGCACGAAAGAGGCCUGCGAAGCCAGUGUGAGCAUAUCCGAAGCAGGAAAGCCACUUUGGAAGAGCUGCAAUCAGUCCACUCGGAAAAACACGUGCUUCGGUAUGGCACCAACCCUCUGCAUCGCCUCAAGCUAGACAACCCUAAGUUGGCUCGAAUCUUGGCUCAACGCAUAUUUGUAAUGCUACCAUGUGGAGGAGUUGGGGUCGAUAAUGACACCAUCUGGAAUGAUCUUUAUACUGCAGCAGCUUCUCGUAUCGCUGCCGGCUGUGUCAUCGACCUGGCUCUGAAGGUGGCACAAGGAGAGCUGAAGAAUGGAUUUGCAGUGGUGAGGCCACCCGGGCACCAUGCCACACACUCCUCUCCUCUGGGUUUCUGUUUCUUCAACUCUGUGGCCAUUGCUGCCAAACAACUCCAACAGAAACUCAGUGUUGGCAAAAUCCUUAUCGUGGAUUGGGAUGUUCACCAUGGCAAUGGUACCCAGGAAGCCUUCUACAAUGACCCAAAUAUCCUGUAUAUCUCACUACAUCGCUACGAUAAUGGCAACUUCUUCCCUGGUAGUGGACAUCCUAAUGAGGUUGGUGCAGGGGCAGGUGAAGGUUUCAAUGUCAACAUUGGAUGGACUGGUGGUUUGAACCCUCCCAUGGGGGAUGCCGAGUACCUGGCUGCAUUUAGAACCGUGGUGAUGCCCAUCGCCCACGAGUUUUCCCCUGAUGUGGUGCUGGUCUCAGCAGGAUUCGAUGCAGUUGAAGGCCAUUCGCCACCGCUGGGAGGGUACAAUGUCACAGCCAAGUGUUUUGGGUUCCUUACCCGACAGCUGAUGUCUCUAGCUGGGGGGCGUGUGGUUCUGGCUCUAGAGGGGGGACAAGACCUCAAGGCCAUCUGUGAUGCCUCUGAAGCCUGUGUCAGCUCUUUGCUGGGCAUGGAGGUAGAGCCUUUGUCUCAAUCUGUGUUGGACCAAAAGCCUUGCAAUAAUGCCGUGCAGUCACUACUAAGUGUCCUCCAGGUUCAAGGUGAGUACUGGCAGAGCGUGAAGGACUUGUCCGCCACCGUGGAGCUGUCCUACCUGCAGGCGCAGAGGCAGUGGUUGAGGAGAGACUCAGACAGUGAAGCCGUCGAUGCCAUCGCCGCUCUGUCCAUGGGAGCCAGCGCCUCUGACAGGAAAAAUGCAGAAAACCCCCCGGAGAAAAGUCAUUCCACAUGAACGGGGAAUCUCCUGAAGCAGACGACCUUCUCACGUUCCUUGAUCGCACACCUAUCCUGCGCACACAUGUGUGUGCCUGUGAAGAAGAGCAGACAUGUGAUGACAAACCAAAUGAAAUAAUCUGUUUUGCACUAAUAUGUUGACAUUGUGUGGCCUGUUUGUGCUCAGAUUUACAGAUGAUUUUUCAGUGGGUAAAAUCAAGCUCAAGUAAUGUUUUUUUGUUGUUGUUUUGGUUCAGUCUCGCCAGGCUAUAUAAUUGUGCUUUUGACAAAGCCCACUGUGAUUGCAUCAGAAUCUGCAAGGACUUGUUUACACACAAGACAAGCUUCAAUGUGUUGCAACCAAUCAUAGAUGACUGAUUUCAGGUUGUUCAGGUCCACAGCGCACAUGACAAGGGGUUGCUUGGCGUCAAGUGAAACUGGUGUUUUUGUUUUUAAUGUACCUGUGGAAGAGCAUUCCUGCUGUAUUUGUAAAUAAUAUAAGUACUUAAUACUUGUAUGUCUUUACUAACAGAGACACGGCUCUGGUGUUUCAACUGACUUGUGCACGUAACUGUAAGUUACACAGGUUGAGCACAUAUUUUUUUCAACAAUGUGCCAUCAGUAGACCCGGCAUGGCUUUGAGAAGUUUGUGAAUGUUUUUUUCAGCAAAACCAAAGUAACCCAAAAAAAAUCCCAUCACAAAGGACCAUUUUUAAUUCUUUUUUUAUUUAAGCAUAACCAUAGACUUCACAAUCAGUUGACGAGACAGCUCCUAGAGAUAUUGCGCCACGGCUUCCAGUAAGGAGCCGGGCAAGGCAGUUGUGGCAGCUUUCACUGCGCUAAACUCAAACAUACGGCGUUCUAACGCGGGAUUUAGGUUGAAACGGGAACGUUUUAGUGCAUACAAUCAGGCAGGAGUGUCUCAAGAGCGAUUUGGUCGAGGAUUCAUGGUAAUUAUUAUAUAAAAUAGCACCAUUCAUGCACUUUGGAACGUUGUUACAAAAAUGAAAUGAAUGGAAAAAAUUAGCGUAACUUUAGCUUAAAAUAUUCACGUAAACUGAAUUAUAACUGUCUGUUUUUUUUUUUUUUUGCUUUAACCAAGAAUCUAGACGGGAUUUACGCAUGUAUUUACAAGAAUUUUAAACUUAAAAAGCUCUUUGUUUUGUGAUGGCCACCUUCUUUGAUUUUGUACCAAUACACAAUAGCUUUACAUUCAAAUAAUCAGGUAAUUUUUGGCCAACUGCCCGUUUUUUGGCAAAAAAAACUAGUAAUUUAGAUAUUUAUGCGUCCAUACAAAAAAUGUUUUGUAACAUUUCAAUCUAAUCUGGGGAGGGCCAGAUAGCGAGCAUGACGUACUGAGGCAAUAGCAUACACGGAGUUUAGGGGAGGGGGCAGACCCCUGGUGGCCAAAAAGUGUCAUUGCAUGCAAUAAACUUUCCUAUAUAUGAUUAUAAAAUGAAGAGUUUUCCUGCAAAAUAUUGUCUAUAAAAGUUGCAAAGCAAUAAAACAACAAAAAUGUAUGAAAUGAACCAAAAAAAAUUUUAGACGGGUCAAAAUUAUUUUUCGAACAGAUCAUGUGACCAGCACCCUAGACCAGGGGUGGGCAAACUAUUCCACAAAGGGCCGCAGUGGGUGCAGCUUUUUGUUGCAACCCAUCAAGAGGAGAUUUUUUUCACCAAUCUGGUGUCUUACAAAUGCAAUCAGUUAAUUGCAGGUGCUUCUUGUUUCCCCGGACCUCUCAUUGGUCAAACUGCCUGUGCUGGAGCAGUUGUUACAAAUACCAGGACCCACUGCAGCCCUUGAGGACCGGUUUUCCCACCCCUGCCUUAGUCAUUUGCUUUGCUUAGCCAAAACCAUCCGAGGACUAAAGAAGCAAGAUGGAUAUACGUAAUUUUUUCAAACGUAAGCUUUCAAAAGCGACAACAACUACUGAGCAAGGAGGGUGAAACGCCAGAGAGCCCGCCAAAAUGGUGAGCGGAGUUUCAAUUUGCCCCACUAAAGACGCUAAUUGUACAACAGAGCCACCGCUAGUGUCUUGCCAAUGUAGUUACACCCGUCAAAAAUUGCAUCCCCUGGCCGCAGGAGCGCACACACGCAUUAGUUAUGAGUUCUGUCGACUUAAACAAUUGAAGCCAGAAAACAACCACAGUUAUAUAUUUUGUACAUCGACGUUUAUUAAACUGGACAAACAUACAGGACUUAACUUAAUGACAGUUUUAGGUCAUCCUACGAGUAAAACAGUAAAAAAUUCAGUACGUAUGGUAUGUUAUACGACAGCAAAAAUAGUUGUUUUUAUGGAUGGGCCAUGUUUUAAAAUCUCAUAGAUAACUACAUCACCAAAACACGGAAAUCAAGCAAAUCAGUGCAGCGCAGUGGCUCCGCCCAGGGGAUACAAUUUUUGACGUGGGUAACUACAUUGGCACGACACCGGUGGGCGUGCCAUCUUCAAUGGAUGACGAGCUUGGUGAAAAGUACUGCUGUCCUAAGCAGCCUGAUUUAGAAUUUCCCUCAAGAAUGAUGGGAAACCAAAAAACAUCAAUUUUCAACUUAUUACUAUAAAUAUUCUUGUAAGUUAAUUUUAUUGCUGACACUGCGUUCUGGGGUCAUCAACAUGCUGUGCCCCCCUCCUGCCCCAAAAGUCAAACUCCACCUAUAGGCAAUAGUGACAUCGGAAUUCAACCUAAAUAAAUUGUUAUUGUAGAUGGAAAAAUGCAAAAUUUGCUUUUGUUGAGUAAAAUUAAGAUGAUCCUGCAUGCUUUUCUGAAGUAUUAAUUUUCUGAUGUGAAAAUUGAGUGCUUUAUUAGCUGUUGAAAACCUAUGUAAAAAAAUGCACUGGAUAAAAAAAAAUUAAAGUCCCUAUUUCAGGCAAAAACUUAUAUGUUAAAUAUUGCUAUUGAUCCUGAAAAUAUGUGAAUACCUAUGAAUUUGGUCAUUUUUGUGCAUCUAGCGUAAAAUCUGAGAAUUUUAGAGGCAUUUGAAGUUUUGUUGUACUUAAAUAAAAAAUAAUUAAUCUGGAUUUUAUUGGGGAACGACCUUGAAUUUUUUUAUGUCGCUGCUCAUGGAGACUCAUUAAGGCCUUAGGGAGGUGCCUGUUUUGGUUUUAGGUCGCUAGCGGCUUUGAUUUUGAAAGUAUUUCCCGUCAACUGAUAGUGAAGUCUAUGGCGUAACAUUCUUUGAGGUGCUCUACUAUGUGACAGCACGAUGGAUUUUUUUUGUCUUAAUAUAUCGUGUCAGUUCUUAAUGUCUUUAUUCAUAUCAAAAUGUUCAUGUAGCCAGAUCGCUUUCGAGCCAUCUUUAAUGUGCUGACAAUGUGAAGGCAAAUAACAGUGAGCUGGCUGAUCGAACCAUUCUUACGUUGUUGUUUCUGACAUAAUUUGUCACCUAUUGUCUUAAUGAAUGCUUAUUUUUGUGAAAAAGAAAACCAGCCCCAUGUGCUUAUGUAAAGAGACCAAAUGGUGAAAUGAAUUAUCUGACCAAGCUACAUGAAGGACCCUUUGACAUGUCUUUUUUUAUGAUUGUCUGCUUUUUAACAUUUGUACUGUUUAAAAAGAAAAAAUCAAUUAUAGU